CCUCCACUGGCCGCGGCCGCAGCUGCACCCUUCUCUUAAAUCUGACUGGAAAUGUGGAUGCGAAAUGGAGGACAUUCAAGCAUCAGUUUCUGCUGUACGUUGCAGCUGUCGGAGCGGAUACAAAGUCUAGAAAAAUAGCAAUACUACUAACCGUUGCCGGACCAGAAGCAUUGGACACAAUAAAUGGCCCAGAUUUGUACACCUCGAAAUCUUGUGGUGCAGGAAGAGUACACACCACUAGAACUAGCAGGGCCAGGGCACUACUAACAAUAGCACCCCCCGCUCAACAACUUCUCCUACAACCCUAAAUAUGCCUCUGGUUGGGAAUCGGAAUGGAGAGAGGUUCCUUGGGAUGGACGGGGAAUGCUACUAGAGAGCUAGCGGUGAUUUCUAUGAAAACAAGUCGAUACACGCCGUCCUCCGAGCUGGAAAACAAUAUCUGCAGCCCCGUGCGCAGGGACAGUCUACAAAGUGCAAAGCCCAAAAAAGAUAACAAAUAAAUAACUUCCCUGUCACAAUGUAAAGUCCUAACAAAAUUGGUUUUACCUUUACAGACUAUAGUUUUACUAAACACAUCUCUUUAGAGGUUUAAAUGCUUUUAAAUGAACUACGUUUACAUUUUUUUUGUGCAUUUACUGAUAAAUAUUGUAUAUGAACAAAAACAAGAAUAAUUCCAUAAUCAAAUAAAAAACUGAAAUAUAGAGGGUAUGACCUGGAAUGUUCCACCUGUUCAGGAGUCCAGCGCGUAUACAAAAAUAUGCACAAAAGCAAAUUGCUAGUAUGAAAUAAUAAACCAUCCCUGACACAAGAUUAAACUGCACGUCUUUAACCGAUGCUCAUGAACGCAGCAUAGAGUUGUUGAAAGCAGCGGUAGCGACAUCCUCAGGCUGUGUGUGUGAAUCGCUCACCGCUACGUGUCUCUGUCCCCGGGCUACAUUAACAAAUCCUGCUGCCCUGCACCCCUCCUGCUCCAGGAGCAGACAGCGGUAACUCGGCCCUGAAGCAGCGGCUCUCCUCCUCCAGCAGCCCGGCCUAGACAUGGGGGAAAUCAUCCAGCCACGGCGCAUGUUCCUCUGGAGCAUGGCGGUCAUCUAUCUGGCUGCCUUUGUAUCCCUCUACGUGCAAAUACCAGGUCUCUAUGGAAAUGAAGGGCUGCUGCCUGCGCGCUGGCAGCUAAAAUACAGCGGUAAGUCUCUCUGGGAGCAACUGCUGUCUUCCCCCAGCCUGCUGUGGUUUGGCCCUCAGCUCGGCGUGGACACUCACACCGCCAUGGAGCUGCUGUGUCUUCUGGGGGCCGCACUGAGCUUCGCUGCAACGCUGGUGGAGUCUCUGCGAGACAGCGUGGUGUUUUUCUGCCUUUGGGCCCUGUACCUGUCCAUGUACCAGGUGGGCCAGGUUUUUCUCUACUUUCAAUGGGACAACUUGCUCCUGGAGACAGGGUUCCUCUGUAUCCUUGUGGCUCCACUGACGUUACUCAGAGGGUCGCGAGGGGUCCGAGAGCACGACCGCCUGACCUUCUGGCUGACCCGCUGGCUGCUGUUCAGGCUCAUGUUUGCCUCUGGUGUGGUGAAGCUCAUGUCCCGCUGCCCAACAUGGUGGGGCCUUACCGCUCUGACGUAUCACUACGAGACGCAGUGUCUCCCCACCUCCCUGGCCUGGUUUGCCCACCAGCUGCCAUUGUGGUGGCAGAAGCUGAGUGUGGUGGGGACCUUCGUCAUAGAGAUCGUUGUACCGCUGCUCUUCUUCAGUCCUCAGCGCAGACUCCGGAUCGGGGCUUUUUACUUGCAGGUGUUGCUCCAAGUGCUCAUCAUUUUGUCCGGCAACUACAAUUUCUUCAACCUGCUGACUUUGGCUCUCUGUCUGUCGCUGCUGGACGACCAGCAUGUAAACUUCUGGCUACGCAAGGCAGACAAGAUCAGCAACAAUGACUCUAGGCUGUGUUCCUGGCUGUGUUACCUGCUGGAGCUGGCAGUCUGGUCUCUCAUGAUCUUCGGAUCAGUUGUAUGCUUUGACCUGAAGUUGGACUCAACAAAGAAGGGCAUCACCUCCAAGACAGGUAAAUAUCUUUGGGAGAUUGAGUUUAUGUACAAGCCAGGCAACCUAAGUGCCCCCCCGGCUGUGGUGACUCCUCACCAGCCGCGGUUGGACUGGCAGAUGUGGUUUGCUGCCCUCGGGGAUCAAACACAGGCUCCAUGGUUCACCAGCCUCAUGUACCGCUUGCUGCAGGGCAAGAGAGAUGUGAUAGAGUUGAUCCAGACGGACGUAUCACAGUAUCCGUUCCACCAGGAGCCCCCGGCCUACCUCCGAGCGCACCGCUACAGAUACUGGUUUACUGAACCCAAGGCUGACGGAUCCUACCCAGAGCGUUGGUGGAGGCGGGUCUAUGAUGAGGAAUUCUAUCCCACGGUGCACUUGGGGAACACCUUCCUGGAAACCAUGCUCACUCAGUACGGACUCAAGGACAAAUCUCCUCCGCGUCGUUUGCCUAACACCCCUGUGGCCAAGGCGGUGCGGUGGGUGCGCUCUCAUGUCAGAGGAGUUCCUGCCCCCGUGCUCAUCUGGACCCUCAUCGCCUGCAGCGCCACCCUCUGUCUGCUCCACGGACUGCAGAGCAGGAACAAACACACAGAAAGAACAGCAGGCACUCAGAAGGAAGCUAUGACCGAUCAGAAAGCAAAUGCACCUGACAGCGCUCCAGACACGGGUGGGAAGUCAGAUGAAGAGCAGGAAGCAGAGGAAGAGGAGGAAGAGGAAGAUGGAGGGGACUGUGAAGAUGAGGUGGAGGACUGCGAAGGAGAGGAGAAAUACCCUGUUGGGGACGACAAAGAAGAGGAAGACGGGAUGGAAGCAGAGGAGAUCCUUGAAAAGAGGAAGUUUUAAAAAGAAGAUGCUUAUCCCUUAAUGAACUGUCUGUGAUAUCACCGUCUGCGUCUUCAUAAAUGUUACGAAAAUGACCAAAGAAGUUAUAUGUGUAUAUUUGUAAUUCCUGAUCAGCCAAUUAUAGAACAAAUCUCCCAUCUACACUUUACUGCUUUUCAUUUUCCUUAUAUCAGUCUGUUCACAAUCACUUAAUUCAGCAGAUCAAGAUGUUUAUAUUUUUUGAAAGAAAAGAGAACUAUAAAAAUGUAAAUAUAAGCAGUCUUCUGUUCCACUCAUUAAGAGAGUAAUGGUGGCUCAUGUUACUCUUUGUGUGUGUUGUUGCACUAUGUUAAUUCAGGUGUGUGUUUGCAGGUGUUAUUUUUGUUUGUUACUGUGAUCUUUUGCUCUAUCAGCUACACUCCACUUUUCCUUUUUUUAUUUCCCAGACAUAUCAAUUCCUCAAAUGUACCAAUGUACGAAAUGAAUCCCCAGACAAAUUGAUGUAGUUUGUUUUUAAAUGGUUUUUUUACUACAUAUUAAAGAAUAAUACCAAAAAAAAGAAUUCA